UUCAUAACUUGUUUCGCUAUUGCUUGCGUAUAGUGUGCCGGAAGACAAUAGUCUCGGCCAGUGAUUUGCCCUCAUUUUUCGUAUACGGUGGCAACAAAGAAACAGCAAUAGCUUAGACACUGUAACAACAGAGUGAAAAUCUGAACGUUCCAGGAAACUCACGGGAGACUUUCUUUUCGGUUGACAGAGUAAAUUACGUCCAGCAGGUGUCGUUCAAAGGUUCUAGGAUCGGGCAAAAUGAUCGGCAAAAAUUUGAUCGGCGAUCCGAUCUUCACAGACUGAUCGGAUCGCCCAUCAAGAUAAUAAAAUUGAUGGGAACUGCAAGUCUGGCUAUACUAUACUCAGAGCCGUUGCGUCAGCCUAGAUUAAAAGGAUUUCGAAAACAGUUCUCGUUCCCAUAGAAUUAGACUGAAGGCUAGAAAACGAUUGUUAGUUUCAAUACCAUGCCGGAGUCUGUAACAUUGGCUUCGCGGUCAGAUCUGUUAUGUCUUCUCCCUUUUCUGGAUUCCCAACUUUCUGAACGCUGCGAGGUAUUUGAUAACAAGAUUCAACUGGUUGUUUUUGGUGCACUACGCGCAUCAACUUCCGCCUAUCUGGUGUACAUCCUACGUGAAACUCCUACUGACGGAUCGUAUACUGCGAUUGCAGCCAUAAAGCGGGAAAAUAUGAAAAACGAAACUCAAGAGAAUCAGACAAUUUGGAUCGUCUCUGGAUGGAGCAUUAAUGAAAGUGCCUUAUUACGUCUUUACUCAGCUAUUGAUGUGAUUAACUGGGACAAGGAUGCCGUUUUUGCAUUCAACAAAUGCUACAACCCUCACGAGGACAUUCUCAAGUUCUUCCGAGAUCGUAAUCGACUAGAGGGGCAUCGUUUAUACUCGGCUGGUCGCUACGUUUUCGACAUUGAAAAGGCUUUGAAAUUGCAGAUAAGCUUACCAGACGAGGUUUACGUGAAAAGUUUAGAACGUCAUCACGCCCAGUUGAUUUACGACCAUUGGACAGUCUUUAAAGACACUACGACUGUGGAAGAUGUUGCCGACGAAAUUGACCACCUGCCUUCAGCUGGAGUUUUCUUAAAAAAUAACGAUCAACUCGUUUCAUGGAUGACGGGCCAUGCAGCUAAUGGCAUGAGUCGUCUUUUUACCAUGGACGGUCAUCGUCGUAAAGGAUAUGCUAAACUAGCAACGCAAUACAUGUCAAAGAGAAUGGCUCAGGCUGGAUAUCUGCCAUUCAUCAACAUCGUCGUUGGCAAUACGGCAUCCACAGAGUUUUUCUUAGGUUUAGGUUUUCAAUUUGUCUAUCCUAUGCACGCAAUAUUAACUAAACCUCCUGGACGGUAUUAGAUACAGACCGAUACAUUUUUUUCUUUAUAAAAUGUCGUGUCUUUUAAAAUACAUUUACUAAGGUGCGAA